AUGGGUUCCCACAAAAUUGAGCUAGCUUUUGCUUUCUUCAUAUGGGCAUCACUGGCAUGCUUCUCUUCUUGCAAUAGCCUCCCAAGUGAAUACUCCAUAGUGGAGCAAAAUGAAGUGCUCAACAACUUCCCCACAGAAGAGAAAGUGGUGGAGCUCUUCAGGCUCUGGAAGCAAAAGCAUGGAAAGGUGUAUAGGCAUGCUGAAGAGAGUGAGAGGAUGUUUGAGAAUUUCAAGAGGAACCUCAAGUUUGAAUUGGAGAAGACCGCAAAAAAGAGGGCUGCAAACAAUGCACAUGAUAGCCAGAGGGUGGGGUUGAAUAGGUUUGCAGACAUGGAUAUGGUCAUUGUGAAAACUCCAAUAUACCCCUCACAACAAGAGCACGUGUCAUUCACAAGGUCAAACUCAACAGAUUCUGUUACGGUAUAA